UCGUUUUCCUCCUGCGCCUCUUUUCUUCUCUCUCCCCUCCCUCCGCCUCUUCGUUCACGACCCACGACCCACGAUGAAAUCCACGACCGCCUUCGCCGCCGCCGCCGUGCUCAUGUCCGCGAUGUUCUCGAUCCGCAGCGUCGGCGCCCUCCCGCUGGACGCCCGCGACGUCUUCGUCCCGCCCGUGCUGUACCCGCACGCCGGGACAGUCUGGGGCGUCGGGCAACAGCACCACGUCGUGUGGGACACGUCCAACGCGCCGAAACAAAUCACGAACGGGAAGGGCGUAGUCAUGCUCCGCAAAGCCAACAUCACGACACCUCUUAUCUUGGGCGAGGGCUUCGACAUCUUGCUUGGCCGGGUUCAGGUCACCGUCCCGUGGGUGAUCGAGGGGGACGACUACCAGCUUGUUUUGUUCGGCGACUCGGGCAACUUCAGCCCGUUCUUCACGAUCCAGGGCGGUGGAAUCUGAUCCUUCAGGCAUUGCCGAGGUCUUUCACGAACGCCUUCAAUCACACAUUGGACAUUGUAUCGCAACACGUAUUGUAUGUACACAUACUGACUGGCCGUACUCCACCAUCUUCCUUGCGGAACGUGGUUGUAUUGUAUCAUCUGCGACCAUGUACAUUACCGGUACCUUCGAACACGAACUUUUUGUGCUCCAGCACAGGGAUCAG